AUGAACGUGUAUGAGACGACAUCUCUGGAUCGAUACGGGAGAAGCUCCCUCGCCCCAAUCAGAGAAGAUAAAGAAUUGGAGGGACUCAAAAAGAAGGAUUAUGUGCUACUGGCGGUGGGGGCGGUGUUCACAAUUGGAGCUGUGAUACUGUGCGUCAGCUCUCUUGGUCUCUACGGAGCUAUGAAACCUAACGUUUGCGUGCUCACUCUAUACCUAGUAGCAGUUAUUCCUGCAUUGGUCGGCGAACUGGCGUUCUGUUCCAUUGCUUGGUUCCGGCAAGCGACACUGAAGAAGUUACUAGAUGACCUUAUGAAGACACUGUUCGCCCACUACGGAGAUAGGGCAGAAAGUCUGGGACUAACAGCUACUCUGAUACUGGACGCAGUACAGAUCUGGGGAGGUUGCUGUGGGAACAGUACCGUCUCAGACUGGGGUGAUUUGGAGGUGGCUACUUUCUGGGCUAAUUCUACUAAUAAACCAUCAGAGUACCCGGACAGUUGUUGUAACAAGACGACAAUAACCGACAGUACUGUAGACACCACACUUCCCAUACUGGACAGCUACUUCCACAACUGUUCACAGAACACUGUUGCGAACUUCUUACCUGACUACUUCAACAACAAGGUCAUUAAACUAUCUGAGAAUUAG